CACCUCUGAGAAAAAAAAAACUCUCAACAAAAGAAAAAAGAUAGAAAACUUACAGUCUGAACAACGAAGAAAAAUGGAAAUUGUGGAGAUAACAGCAGAUCUGUGGGAGGCGAUGAAGAAGAGGAAGACCAACACAAGAAAGAAACUCACCAGCAGCGAGGAGAUACCACCAGAAGAAGAAGAAGGUACUCCUCUCCGAGGCAUGUUCUGUCUCAAAACAAGACAGGAUAUGAAGGUUUUCGAGGAGAAAGAGGAUUGCUUUAUCCUCGAUUUCGACCCCAACGAUUCAUUCGACUCACGGAAGCAGAGCUUCUCCGGUAACCCAGAAGGAGGUGAUGACGACGAUGUGGCGAUCUUACACGAGAAAGGCCAGGUGGCUUGUAGGGACUUCCCACAUCCAAGGCAUCUCUGCUUGAAGUAUCCAUUUGAAUCGACUCAUCACUCACUGCACUGUAACCAGUGCUACUGUUAUGUCUGUGAUGUGGCUGCACCUUGCGCAAUAUGGACGCCGCAUUGUGAAGCAUUGGAAAAUUCUUUGUGGAAGAGUUUAAGAUGCACCGUGCGUGGUAUGAGGCCCUUAGUAGAAGACAAUUAAGGUAGUGGAAGAAGUUGUGUUUGAAUGUGGCUGCUCGCCUUGUUAAGCACAAAUCAAGUGAAGGACUUUGUUGUGAUCUUGAGACUGACGAAUGUUAUGAGUCUGUGUGUAAUAACAAUGCCUAUCUUUUAGCUGAAUAUUUUGCAUUGUGAAUAACCAAAAUUGCUUAACAUCACUUUCGAUAUU